AGUAUUGCUCGGACAUUCUCGUGCAUUGGAUUAAUGUGCAGAAAAAAUGUUGAAGCUGUACUUAGUUCUGUUUAUUGGAUUCAUCUGGAGCUGCGGAGCAGAUACACCAGAAAGUUACUUUCUAAAGACACACAGCCUGCCCAAAGAUCUCAACUUUAUGCCGAGUCUAUCCAACGGUCAUCUGGGUUACACCAUUUUUGGGGAUGCCAUCUUUAUGAAUGGUGUCUAUAAUGGAGCUGCUGGGAAUAGCAAACGAGCACGAAUACCAAACUGGAUUAAUACAAGUGCCGAGCUAUGUGAUCGCUUUGGCUGUAUGACCAGCAAUGAUAUCAGCUAUGAGAUGGAUCUGCGCGAUGGCUACUUCCGGUAUAGAACAAAUUAUGCAUCCAAGGGAAUCACGCUGGAACAGCGCACAUAUCCACAUCGAUAUUACAAUCGAGCGCUGGUCUAUGAACUUUUGGCCUUCAGGCAUACAACAGUUCUACGAAUUGACUCGCCCUUGUACUUAAAGAUAACACAGCAGCCGGGCAGCGCCAGCGAUGCCUUUGACUUUGUGGUGCUCAACAAUGGAAGCGAUGCUCCUGGAGAUUAUCGCGUGCUGCACGGACGCACAAAGGUACUGGAAUUUGAGCAGCUACAACCAAAGCCUCAUGAGAUUUACGUGUUGUUCAGUGAGUCGCUGGAGCAGCCACGUCAUUUGAAUUGGCCCACGUGGCAAGCAGAGUUGCAACAUCGCAUCAUAAUUUGCAUGGAUCGCCAGCAAGGUGUGGCACUCAAGGAACUGCAGGAUGUGCUCCAGCUGAAGGACGUGGCAGUUCUGCAAAGUCAUCGACAGGUUUGGAAUGAUUUCUGGGAUAAGCAGUUCUCCAUUGAACUGAUGGGCAAGGAUGCAUUGGAACUGUCGCGCAUUGUGAACGCAGGCAUCUUUUAUUUGGCCAGCUCCUUGCCAACACUGAGCAGCAAUCAGGCGAAUGAACCCUACUACGGCCUAAGUCCCACGGGCUUGGCACGCGGCAAUCUGCCGGCGGACUACCAGGGACAUAACUUUUGGGACACGGAGAUUUGGAUGCUGCCAGUAGCCACCCAAUUAGGUUAUGAGUACGGCAAACAGCUGUUUGACUAUCGCUUCAGACAUCUGGAGGGCGCCAGAAUCAAUGCCCAGGUGAGAGGCAACAAAGGUGCCAGAUUUCCAUGGGAAAGCGCCUACACUGGGGCUGAGGUAACCCAUCCCUGUUGCCCCGAAAUCGCUGAACAGGAGAUCCACAUCUCGCCGGACAUAUCAUUUGCGCUGCAGCAGUUCUUUGCUCAGACCAAUGACCAUGCCUGGGCAUGUGAACGUGCCUGGCCCAUUGCUGCCGAGGUGGCCGAGUUCCUGGUCAGCCGGUCAAGCUGUGAGUCAACGAAGCAAUUGUGUCACUUCCUCAACAUCAUGGGACCGGAUGAGGAUCAUGCCAAUGUAGAUGACAACGUGUACACCAAUGCUGUGGCCAAGAUAGCCUUAGACUUUGCCGCAUGGCUGGGCGGCAAGUGUGGCAACAGCAGCAGCACAGAGCUGAUCAAGGAAUGGCGCAAGCUUAAGGAUCAACUUGUAAUUCUACAUGAUGUAGAUCUGGAUUACCAUCCACAGCAUUUGGGCUACAAGGUAAAUGAGACGGUGAAGCAAGCGGAUACAAUCCUACUUGGUUAUCCAUUGCAGUUCGACACCAGUUCCACUCAUCUGAAUGAUUUACACUAUUAUGAGAAUGUAACGCGGGAAACUGGUCCGGCAAUGACCUGGUCGAUGUUUGCUGCCAAUUAUUUGGCCACCAGUGAGAAUGAACGUGCCCAUGAAUUCUUUACGCGUGGCUACCAGAACUAUGUGCAUCCCGAGUUCAAGGUGUGGAGCGAGGCAACGAUUGGCUUUGAGGGCUCAGCGAAUUUUCUGACUGGCAUCGGUGGCUUUCUGCAAGCCCUCAUCUUUGGCUAUGGUGGCCUCAACUUUGUCCGUGUCGGAGACGCAUCCCAGUUGCAGCUCAAAGUUGCCAAUGUGCCGCCCCAGGUGGACCAGGUGCAGAUCCAGUUUAUGCGAUUUGCACACAGCGAAUGCAGCUGGCGUUUUCAGUACAACAGCUCCAGCUUGAACUGUACGAGUACGGCGGAUCAGCGCUUUGAGUUAAUCCAGGGAGAUCGUCACACAAUCUUGGACAGCAACUUUAAUGUGACACUUAACAGAGGCGACGCACCGAUCUACAUAACUACGCUGAUUUCUGGAUCAGGAAUUUAACACUCCCUUGGAAAGAUGACCAAAUAUCCAGCUAUAGAAUUUACUGAUUGUAAUAACAAUAAUAUUUAGAUAUUUUUUUAAUCUGCCUGCAAAUGUAGAUGACAGAUCUUUCGUAAAAGCUGUUCCAAUUUUUGUCUAUAUUAUAUUAUUUCUUUCCUGACGUUCUGAAGACACUUCCAGA